AUGGGCCCUGCUGCUGUCACUUAUUCCAGCAGACUUCUCCGAAGGCAACACUUGCGGGUGAAGCUGGGAAUGGACGGCCGUGAGUACUGGUGCUCAGUACGAUUCAUCACUUCUAUCCAUCCACAUGCAACAGAUACAACCAAGAGAACUGCGCACGAACCUUUUACCCUCAACCACCUCGCACCCACUCACACAGCUUUUUCCCCAGAAUUGACUAGUUUUGCCCACACCGAUGCACACCUUGAGCGCUCAGGGAGGGCUCCGGAGUAUCUUGCAGAGGGAAUUCACCCUGAUGCACAGGGUAACAGUGGCCAGUCCGAGAGGAGCAUGAAAUGCAUGCGAGUGCGGCGCCUUAAGAUGCUAGAGGCACCUCAUCGCGACGAACUUGGGUAUCUUCGUGAUUUGCUUACCCAGUCCGAGAGAUACCGCAUUGCGGAGGCCAGUGAUAGCAUUAGAAGUGGGGCUAUGAAGAAUUCAUUGAGAUGCACCACUGGCGGAGACCCAUCGCUUUCAGUGUGCAAAACCCACGAAGAGAGACAAGAAAAGUGCGCACGUGGAGAAAAAGCUUUAACGCUGCAGCGCACCACACAAAGGGGGCAAGUGGUAUUCAUGGCGUGCUGCAUUCGCUGUCAGGUAAAUAGUAUAAAUGACAGGAACGAACGAAGCCUUACGAGUGUGUCGGAAAUGGGUCCCACAGCCCAUGGCCAUUAUACUUCUUCGAGAUACGUCGGCGUCAAUUACGCACUUCACCACUGCGUGAAUCGUGGUCAGACGCUUAGGGGAAUUCUCAAGGGUUGUGCGGAGCAGAACGCCUUUGGGGCUGUUGCGGCCAGCGGUCAGCCAUAUACUGCGGUAUCGCACAUGUACUUGGCAUCCUGUCUGACGGUUGGGGUGAGCCCUGCGGGGCCUCAGGGGGCAGCUAUCGCCCGGAGCGACCAUACGAACUCCCUUGCAGCCUUGGAUGGGGUGGGGUUACCCUGCCCGGAGUGCUGGCGGCAUAUUGAACGGGUAGCCCGAGCAAGACGCGAGGAAAAGCUUCCACCGAUGUAUCUUUACUUGUGCGUGCCUACUGAGAAGGCCGCCCUGAGGGCGAUGUCACGUGCCAGGCAGCAAAUCUCACACCUUAAAGGUUACAUUGAUAUUAACUUUGUGAUCGAGUAG